AUGAGAACAACUGUGGAAUCUAUUUUUGUUCAUUUACUCGUAGUGUACUUUUCAAUAUACUGUAUGAAAUGUGAAGCAAAUGGGAAUUUACACUUUUACGAAAAUGGCAACGAAUAUAAUUUAGAAAAUUUUAACUUUUCGAAUCUUUUAAAUGAAGAAAAGUCAUACAUUAUAGAUAUAAACUCGAUAAGAAAAAAUAAAAGACUGAAAAAUAACAACGGUAUGCUCUUAAGUAGCCCGUUAUAUGGAUGCUUUAACAAGUAUGCACGAAGGCAAUACCGUCAAAAUGAUGAAUAUGAGGAUAUGGGUGUAAAAUCAAAUGAAAAGAGCGAAUCCAUAAAAUGUAGUGGACACGCGUGUUCCAGCUUUAUGCUUAUUAAAGAGCACAAAGAAACAGGGAGAUUUAAGGAAAAAGAUGGUAAUAAAACAAAUCGCGAGUCAUGUAACUUACAAAAGGAAAAAGAAACUAGUAAAAAAUUGCAUGACUGGAAAGAAAAAGUGGAUCAGGCUAUCCCUAUAAAUAAGCAUAAUUAUAAUUCCAUCAUGUUAGACCUUAUGGGAAAACAUAAUAAGAAUCAAUUGUCAAACAAUCUGUACAUAAAUAAUCUCAAAGAAAAAAAAAAAUAUAUUAACACGGAAUCAAUUGAUGUUAAUACCUUUAGUCAUUUUAUGACAAACACAGUUACUCCCUCAAAACAUCAGCAAAACAUAAAAGAAGAAAAAAAUAAAAUCAGAAUUCAGAAGGGCAACAAAAAAUUUAUACAAAACGAAAAUGAACGAUUUAAAAAUGGGGGAGAAAACAUAGAACCAUUUCUUUCGUAUAGCGACAGCAUGGGUUACUCUGGAGAAAAUUUUUUCGAAAAAGAAAAAUUCAUUGAGGUAAAAUUCCCAAUAAAUAUUAAUACAAACGAAACAGAAAAGGAUGAUAAUGUGGACUAUGAGAAGGAUAUCAUAAAGGGUCUGACAGACCAAGAAUCUCUUCAAAACAGCUCAGAUAUGAACUAUUCAAAAUAUAUGAACAUAACAGAAAACAACAAUUCAUUGCAAGAAAAUCAAGAUAUCGCUAAUUCCAAAUUCGGAGAAGAUGACAUAAUUGGCAUUUUAAAAAAUCCAAAUAACAUUGGAAUUGAUGAUGUAUUUAUUAAUAAUACAAAAAAUAAAAUUUUAAAAACGCUAAAUACAGAAAGAAAGGGAGAAUAUUCUAAAGAGUUUGACCUAAAGGAUGCUCUUAUUAGCGAUAUUGUUAGUUUACAUAAUACAAAACAGUCUGUUGAUGAAAAAGAAUUCAAGGAAAUUGAUGAUAACAUGUUAAAGAAUGGUAUAAAUAAUGAAAAGCCCAUAACAGAUGAUAAGGCUCAGAACACGGAUAUAGACUUGUCCUUAAAAUAUCUAGGUCUUGGUUAUGACAUAAUUAUGGGGAACCCAGAGGGGGAUCCAACAAUAAACGUGGACCCAGGGUUUAGGGGUCCCGUUCUGCAAAUAAAUAUAGAAGAACCGAAUGUGUAUAAUAAUAGUAAUAUCAGAACUAAUAGCACGAAUGGAAUCGGUGUCCCUCAUAGUAGCAGCAGUCUUGGGAAAAGGAACCUACACAAGGAUGAAAUAUCAACAGAAGAUUUCCAACCGAAACUAACCCCCUGGGUAAUACCAGAACAUUCGUGUAGUCAAUCCAAAAACGUGGAAGAAAUACGAAAUUUAGAACAGUAUAAAUUAGAAUUACUAACCGAUGUUAAAGUAAGCACACCGUUCAUUUUUCCAUAUUCCUUUUCCGCGUCAGCAGAAUAUAAGAAUGCACUAAAAAAGUUAAAAGUACAAAAUAAUGUUAUAUUUAUGAUGAAAAUUUAUUGUCUACGUUAUUAUACUGGAAUACCAACUACAACAACAUGGAGAUUUACAGAAAAUUUUAAAAAUGCAUUAAAAAAAUUACCUCCUUCAUUUGAUGGGUUGAAGGAUGAUAGUGAAUGUUCAUAUGAAUAUUAUGUCAACAAAUUAAAUACACCAAAAUGUGAAGAAACUGUAAAUAAGUGGAUGUUGUUUUUUAAACUACAUGGUACUCAUGUAGCGCAUGAAAUUUAUUUAGGGGGAAAAAUAGUUAUAAAAAUGAAUAUGGAUAAAGAGGAAUACAAUAAAUUGAAAGAUAAUAACAUAAGUAUAAAAACUUUUUUUAAUUUAUAUUUUCACAAAAUGGGAUUAUCAGCUGCUUAUAAUAAACAAGCACAAAAAAUAUUAAGCAAAUUUAGAACAUCAAAAGAUGUAUCAAUUCUUGGAGGAAAUCCAGGGUUAAAUAUAGAAAAUACAACUUUUUUUGAAAAAUGGGUUCAAUCUAUUAAUAAGAAUUCUAUGCCUAUAAGAACCAAAUUGUUACCAUUUAGUUAUUUUAUGGAUGAUCCUAAUAUGAUACUAGCUUAUAAAGACGCAUUAACAUUUUAUGGUUUAACUUAUGGGGUUCAAAUAUUUGGUCAUGAGAAAUAUAGUCAUGUUGUACUAUCCAUAGGUGAAUAUCUUGAAAAGUGCACACAAGAAUUGUAUGCUGGACCUCCCCCAGGUUUACUAACAUGUCCUUUAGGAACUACACUUCUCAUGGGAUUUUCUAUAAAUUUAGAUUUUUAUAAAAGUAAAGACUUAAGUAAUAUUAAUGGUAUGUCUAGCUGUGAACAGAUGAAAGAAUCCUGUAGUGGCAAUGGGUUUGGAAAAAAAUAUUCAGACAUAAGAAUAUGGGGAUUGUGUUCACAAAAACAAUUAGAUUUCAUAACACAAGUGGUACAACAAGGCAAUUCUGCAAAAAUAACAGCAACAUGUCCUGGAGAUUUAGUUAUUUUAUUUGGAUUUGCCUUAAUGAAAGGAAAUGGUUCAUCAUCUGCAAAUAAAGUGGAUAUAUAUCCUUGUCGUACAGGUCAAACGAGCUGCUCAGCAGUUUUACAAAAUAGUAAAAUGAAACAAAGUAUGAUUUAUAUUGCUUGCGUAGAUAAAUCAACAAAUGGAUUAGAAAAUAUACAAACUUAUAGUAAAGUAAAAAAUAUGGGUAGUGUAAAUUCAGGAAAGGACAAAGAUGAUGAAUAUCUUAAUUUUACUUGUCCAAAAAAUAGUUCUUUGGUAUUUGGUUUUUCACUUGAAUUUCAUACGAAUUUUGCAAAAACGAGAAAUAAUUUUACAGAUUGCUCAAAACAUUCUAACAGUUGCCAAAUAAAAGGCACACGCAUUAACACAAAUUUGUCUUUUUUUAGACCGGACAAGUACUCAUUGGCGAUAAUAGCUGUGUGUCGUGCUCAUACAGAUGUACACCGGGGAACAACAAAUAUGAGUUAG